AUGUCGCCGUCGACGAUAGCUCCGGUGGUGGAAGAAGAGAACAAGAAAUACCAAAAAGGUGUGAAACACCUUUGUGACAAUGGUGUGACCAAAGUGCCAACCAAAUAUAUAUGGCCUGAACCUGACCGACCCAUCUUCACUAAAUCCGACAAGCUCAUCAAACCAAAACAAAACCUAAAGCUUCCCCUCAUAGAUCUCGCUGAGCUCCUUGGACCUAACCGGCCUCACGUUCUACAAAUCAUAGCUGAGGCCUGCAAAAAUUAUGGCUUCUUCCAGGUAGUUCAAAGGUAUAUGUGUAUUACUUUAGACACACAGGUAGAAUCUUUUACCAAAUUCUUCUAUUUUGGUCACAAAGUGCAUACGCAAUAUAAUCUAAAAGGCUAUGGCGGUUNUUGUAAGAGAUUCUUUGAGCUUCCGUACGAAGAGAGAUCAAAAUACAUGUCGUCAGACAUGUCGGCUCCAGUACGAUACGGCACGCGUUUCAACCAGAUCAAAGACAAUGUCUUUUGUUGGAGAGACUUCUUGAAACUCUACGCACAUCCUCUCCCUGAUUAUCUUCCUUAUUGGCCUUCUUCUCCCUCCGAUUUCAGGUAA